GGACGGGUCUUCGCGGAAUGCGGGUGGGAAAAGUAUAAGGCCAGCUGACUUCACGAGUUGUUACUUCCUCAUUUUUCUAAAUUAUCUGUAUUUGAACAACUAAGUGACACUUUGUCGUUGUUCAAAUACACCACAGUGUAUUAUAACAGACUAGUCACAGUGACGUGGUCAUUUUAAACAUAACCACUCUACGACUUCUGACUAAAUAAACUAAACUUCUCUGACUGGCUAAUGCUAAGCUAACAUCGUCUCCAUGGCACCUCUUCGGGUCCUGUGCAUCCAUGGUUACCGUCAGAACAGCAGCUCGUUCCGGGAGAAGACGGGAGCUCUGCGAAAGCUGCUCAAGAAACAAGUGGAGCUUAUUUACAUGAGCGCACCACUCAGUGUACAACAUGUUAAUAGUGAAGCUCCAGACAAGGGGAAUGGUCCUGGACCUGGACCCGGAGGUGAUGAGGACCACAGGGGUUGGUGGUUUUCUGACACCCAGGCUCGGAGUUUCAGUGCUCAGCAGCAGUGUGAGGAAAGCCUGGGGCUCGACGAGAGUGUGGCGGCUGUGAGAGAAGCUGUGAAGGAUCAAGGUCCGUUCGACGGCAUCCUUGGCUUCAGUCAGGGAGCAGCUUUUGUGGCAAUGCUGUGCUCUCUGCAAGAGCAAAAACUGGAGCCAGAGUUCUGCUUCCGCUUUGCCAUCCUUGUUGCUGGUUUUCGUAGCGCGUGUAGGGAACACCAAAAAUUCUACGACGGUCCCAUCCAGAUCCCCUCCCUGCAUGUGUUUGGACUGGAGGAUCGUGUCAUCCCUGAUAACAUGAGCAGGGAGCUCCUCCCCUCCUUCCAAGACCCUCAGGUCCUGACGCAUCCUGGUGGCCAUUUUGUCCCUGCCACAUCUGCUCACAGACAAACUUACCAGGACUUUCUCAAGAGCUUCCAGUGAGAAAAUAAAGUCACAGAAACUCUAAAUAAGUGAAGCGGUACAAUCCAUGAUGAAGACUUAAGCACUUAAAUGAGGACAGAGAAUGUUGAUUAUAUAAUGCUUAGACACAUCUUGUGAGAACAUAAUUAAUUCCAGAGGCACGUGGCAUAAUAAUGGCAGGUUCAGAGUCAUGACCUUUGUACUCUGGAUGCAGUUUUUUUUCUGUCAUCUGAUCCAUCCAAAACAAUACUGCUGUUCUUCUCAGG